AGACAUGACGCCCAAAUGUUGAUAAGGCUCUCUUUAAUAUUUAUACACAACUAAAAUGUAAUACUUCCCAUUUGCAUGAAGUAAAUACUUUUCGCGAAGAAUACAGUUUGAGCCGGUGAGGAGAGAAAGCAGCAUCUCCAGUCGUCCAGCAGAAAGCCUUCAGAUCAGACAGCAGGAAUCAGCUCGCCGGCUCCCGAGGAAGCACCUCUUCUCCAGGAUGACGGGGGAUUAGUCUAAACCGGGGAUAUCGGAACAUAAAUUACAUUAUGAGGGUUUUACAUGUCACUCGGCGCAGAGUACCACGCUGUCUAGUUAUAUUAAAUAAACACCGGAGAUAAAGAGAGAAGAUCGCAACAGGCCGCAAAUGGAGCCGCAGAGCUCGCGUCAACCGCUACCGUGUUCAGGGGACCCUGAGCCGGGGGACCUGCGGGAGGAGACUCCGGGAGAGGAGGCGCAGGAUGGAGACAGCCGGCUGAGAGAAGGAGGAGGGCAUGGCAGGACUACAGCCGGCAAGAUGAAGCCGGAACGCGGGGAUGAGGGAGAAACAAACACGCAGGAGAAAUGCGACGAUGAUGAUGGGGGCGAUAAAUACGAAGAGGAACUGGACCCGAGAAUUCAGGGAGAGCUGGAGCACCUCAAUCAGGCCAGUGAUGAGAUCAACAAGCUGGAGCUGCAGCUGGAUGACGCCAGGUCUAGCUACAGGAAAAUACUCACAGAUUCUGCCAGAAAACUAAACGCUCAAAAUGCGAAGCUGGGCGCAUGUAUUGAAAAGGCCAGGCCCUACUAUGAAGCCCGCAGACUGGCCAAAGAGGCCCAGCAGGAGACCCAGAAGGCAGCCCUGCGGUACGAGAGGGCGGUGUCCAUGCACACGGCGUCCAGGGAGAUGGUCUACGUGGCGGAGCAGGGGCUGCUGGCCGACAGGAACACCCUGGACCCCACCUGGCAGGAGAUGCUCAACCACGCCACCGCUAAGGUGAACGAGGCAGAGGAAGAGCGUCUACGCAGCGAGCGGGAGCACCAGCGCGUCACCCAGCUGUGUCAGGACGCCGAGGACCGCGUGCAGAACCUGCAGAAGGCGCUGAAGAAGGUCAUCGUCAAGUCCAAGCCCUACUUUGAGCUCAAAGUGCAGUUCAACUACAUUCUGGAGGAGCACAAGGCCAAGGUGGUGGAGCUGGAGCGGCGUGUGGCCAAGGUGAAGACCCGCUACUCCGUCGCCCUGCGCAACCUGGAGCAGAUCAGCGAGCAGAUCCACGCCCAGAGGGGGCGGGUCCCGCCCGGCCGGGCGCGGCCCGUGUCCUGCGGCGCGCGGAGCUCUCCCGUGGGCGCGGAGGCGGCGGAGGUGAGGGCGGCGGCGGCCCCGGGGGGAGGAGGAGGAGGAGGAGGAGGAGCAGGGGGAGGCCUGGCAGCCGGGGCCCUGGAGAGCGACUGGGCCGACGGGGAGAAGACCCGGCAGUGGGUGGAGCGGCACAGGAAGUUCGGCUGGGGCCAGCGGGACUCGGCCGGGGACGCGACCUCGGUGGCCAGCCUGCAGACCAUCGCCUCGGACCUGGAGAAGUGCGACUCGGUGGGGCACCUGGGGGACCUCAGCGACCCGGGCAGCCUGGCCAGCGAGGAGGCGGACAGGGAGCGGGACCUGGCCCUCAGGGGCCCGGGGAAGAGGCGUCCCGACGGAGGACGGGACGGCGGGGGAAAGGCAGAGAGCGCAGAGGUGGCAGCGGACCCUGUGGUGGCAGUAACCGCCCCGCCAGGAAGCGCCCUAUCAGGAAGCAGCCUGCUGGCUCCUGAUAGGGCGACGCAUACGAGUGGUGCACUGAGCAGAAAGAGACAUGAGAGCUUUGUCAAGCAGCACAACAGAAGCGUGAGCUUAUGAAGGCAUGAAUCAGUUAAUGCUCCUGAUUGGAUCAGAAUGGAACUGAGGGGACUCCGAAGAAGGGGGGGUUCAGGCAUGCAAGACAAAGUUGCCCCCCAUAGUUGUGUUGAACUGUGGGGGGCAUCGACAGGUUCACUAGUUGCAAAUGAAUAAAUGGCGACAUGGUUCUUUAAGCUGAGGGCCAUAUUGUGGUGAUGUUCUGAUCAAGUCUGGGGAGAAGCUAUUGCCUAUCUACAUAACAUCCUACAGAGUCUAAGUAAAUGCAAAAACAAACAAAGCAAGCCAAACAACAAAACGCCACUCUGUGUUUUACAGAAAGCUAAAUUGAGAUAAGCAAUUUCUCUGAAUUCAGACGAAUGCUGAGCGUUGCUGCAUAAAUCAGUUUAAGGUGCAAGAUCUUUUCCAUUGGGAUUACAUUUACCAGCCAUAAAUAAUGCAUGGACGGUGUGCUGCCCUUCUUUGGUUUUUGUGACUUAAAAUAAGUAUUGUUCUUUUAAAUUGUUAUAUUUAUGGCAGACAAAGUAAAAUUCUGUCUGUGUCAGGCACCUCAGCAAAUCAACUCAUCCACAGACAUCCACGCCAUACUGACAAUAGUCUUUACAUGUUGAUCUAUGAACCAUACGUAUUCUCUAUCUCCUGGAAACCUGGACAUGCGAUUCAUAUUAAGACCGAACUCAAAGUAUUAUUGUUAAGGAUAGUCUGAGGGAAUGCUAUUAGUGCCAUGCCAUCCUAUGGCGUGGUGUUUGUUGCAGUUAGUCUAGGAGCUGCAGGAGAAAGGGAUGUGUGGGGAAGGUUUCCUGGAGAACACCUUCGCUCACCAUGAUCGCACAACGAUUAUGGAAUGUAGGUUUUAGUUUUCUGGAAACUUCCUUUUGAAACUUUUAGGCAUUGAUGCAUCUAUGGGCUCGCUGGUGUUAACAACAAUCUAGAGAUCAAGAUUCUCUUGCACAUGGCUAUGCUUGUCUGGUCUAAGUUGAAAUACUGCAGUCCACCAGAUGAACAGGGAGUUCAGACCACCACUUUAAUUCAAUCACAGACAUGGCAAAUGGUUGGAAGUUAUUCCUCAGAUCAUUUACACUUAUGAAUACAUGCAUGAAGUUUGGCAUAUAUUAUUUAUACUGACAUGAUCCCUACCUCAGUAGGCUCACAUGAUUAACUGGUAGCUGAGAGGUUGUGUCUUUACGGUGCCUUCAGCCUAGACCACUUCCCUCAGCCAUACUAUCACAUAUCCAUGGGAUGGUCUGUUCAUGGUAUUAACUCUUAUUGCCUGUACUGCUGACAUUAAUACUAUGGUUGGAAAGAGACAUUAUAUUUUAUUUCUCAAAUGUAUACUUUUCUUGUUGAUGAAGCUUCUAACUGUCCCACUAUAGUGAUGUACAGUAACCAUAGUCUCUAAAUAGUUGUGAAUGGGAUAAUAGUAUUAAACAUGUGACAUUGGACAUCAUCUCAACAUGCCGAUUGGAAAAACACUUGGAGCCCUGAAGCAUGUUUCUAAUGGACAGCAUUUAUCCUGACUCAUUCUAUAUGUUCUUGUCAGCCCAAAACUAACAGGCUGGGCCUAAAAGUAAGAGAUUGGAUUGGACUGUUUUACGUAAACAUUUGGACUUUAAAGGCAAAGUGUGUAGGUUUUAGCAGCAUCUACUGGUGAGGUUCCAGGUCGCAAUCAAAAGAAUACCCCCCCACCCCUCCUCAAAACUCCCUUUAGAACAACGUAGGAGAGCUACCUGUACUGCCCUGUAAGGUGGCAGUAGUUUAACAUCAGGAUAUUAUGGUCUACUACAGCUCCUUCAUAGAUUUAUAAUUAGUAUGUUGUUAUUCAGUCUGUAAACUAUAGGUCAUAGCUGCCAAGUGAGACAGCGAUAAUGAUAGAAAAGGAAAUAAGCCUUGUUUGUCCAUUCUGGGCUACUCUAGAAACCUGAUGUCCUCUCCCGGGAAGAGGGUGGAUGUCUAUAUUAAGGGCUUAUUCUAACGCAUCUAAAAGCAACACGAUUCCUAUUCACUUGGGAUUAUAAACUAAUAGAGAUACUUAGGAAUAUGGUAUUCAAUUUCCCAUUUAGCCUGUUCUGCUGGAUGCCACUAGCCUCACACUACACACAAGGGGAAUGGUUCUACAUUUGUAAAUGCUUAAUAUACACACCUGUUGUAAAUUGGACUAAAUGUUUGCCCCACC